AUGUCGAACAAUCCUUGGGCUGAGGGAGGGAAUGAAGGUGGAUGGGAGGAUGUAGGGCCCCGCCGCGACGUACAGGCCGCUACAAGCAACAGGGCAAAUCCUCAAUCAGUUCCUGCAGCUCUACGACCCGGAGGAGCUUUCGAUAACGAAGACGAACAGCACGCAUGGGGUGAAGCGAGAACGCAUCCAAGCGACCAGCAAUAUGCUCAAGAGACGCCUGCGGUGUUAAAACCAGGCGGGGAUAGGACAGGAACAAACCCCUUCUUACGAAACAAAGUUCCACAAAGCCAAGAAGCACCACCGACGGAACCCUUCUCAAGACUUGGACUAGAUGAGCCGAAUACAAACCCAUGGCAACCAGCGAUGGAAGCACAAAAUGCACCACCACCCGCGCAACCCAUUCCAAACUUCUUAGACGACCAACCUCCAAGAGGCGCAUGGACGCCAACGCCGGAGCCACUCCCUGUUGGAUCACCAAGUAUGGUCUCACUUCCUUCUGGUGGAGAGUCUCCAGCUUGGGAUGAAAGCCCUCUAGGGAGGAACGAUAAACCCCCUGUGCCACCAAUGAAGCUAUCUGCAGAGGAUACUGGAGACACGAAUAUUUGGGACGAUGCUGGUAGCGCUGAUAAGGGGAAAUCCAAGGCCACAGCGAAUAUAGGACCAGCAUCCCUUGACGAUUGGAAUGUGGUAGAACCGGUACCUUCAACAAGCUUUGCCAAAGAACCUACACCCGAGAAACCCCCCUUACCACCUAGGCAGCCAACGUUGCCAGCAGAGUCAUCAAGCUGGAGAGCUUCCAGAGACCCAAUUGAUGGAAAAACCGAGACCUAUCAGAUUAAGAACAUACAAUGGCACGACUCGAGCUCCUCAACGAACCCACGAACAUCUCCGAUUUUGAUUCAAAACGCAAAUGGCCCUUGUCCUCUUGUUGCUCUGGUUAAUGCAUUGACUUUGACAACACCUGCUGAUGUUGAAGACACUGCACUUGUGCAAACCCUUCGAUCAAGAGAGCAAGUCAGUCUGAAUUUGCUUCUCGAUGCCGUUUUUGACGAGCUUAUGUCCCCACGAAGAACCAGCUCCGAAGAUGCAUUGCCUGAUGUUGGUGAUCUGUACGCCUUUUUACAAAGCUUGCAUACAGGCAUGAACGUUAACCCGCGCUUCAUCCCGACUGAGAGUAUGGUAAAUGCCUACAAGCGUACAUCGCUGACACAUUUACAUCCCGCUGAGCGAGGAGACCUGAUUCCAGGAACGUUUGAAAAUACAGCUGAAAUGGGGUUGUAUGCCACGUUUUCGAUUCCAUUGAUCCACGGAUGGCUGCCACCAAAGAACGAACAUGCGUAUGAAUCUCUGGAGCGACAAGCCGCAUCCUACGAAGACGCACAAAAUCUCCUUUUCCGAGAAGAAGAACUCGAACAGAAGUUAUCAGACUCCCAAUGUGGACUUACUGAGCCUGAACAGCAACUUUACCAAGAUAUAAUGAUCAUUAAAGAGUUCCUGGAUAACUCAGCCACUCAGCUUACACACUGGGGCAUCGAAGUCAUUGGUAAAGCCAUUAGGCCAGGGACUUUUGCCAUCCUCUUCCGGAAUGACCAUUUCAGCACUUUGUACUGCCAUCCCCAAUCGAAGCAGCUCAUCACGUUGGUGACAGAUGCAGGCUUCAAAACUCAUGAGGAGAUUGUAUGGGAGACAUUAUCAGAUGUCAAUGGCGGAAACACUGAAUAUCUUUCAGGAGAUUUCAGGGUUGUCAGCUCGGGCGGUGCUGUGCCUUCAACGAGUGCAGGAAACUAUUCCAGCAAUGAUAACGGACAGUGGACAACGGUACAGAGUAGACGUGGUAACGCUCGGAGUGAUGAUGAAGUUCCUAUGAGCCCGAGUGCCGAACAAGAAGAUCGGGACUUAGCUCUUGCAUUACAGUUACAGGAGGAAGAGGAGGAAAGGCAUAGAGCAGAGGAAGCACGAAGACGAAGAGAGAGCAUGCUUUCUGAGCAAUUUAUCGAGCAACAAGCUCUACAGCCAGAAAAUUCAACACGUGACAAUCGAGGAGGCCGAGGAGGAGGUCGAGGAGGAGGCCAAACUGGACGAGGAGCUCCACGGGGUGGAGGCGUAACCAGAGGGGCUGCUGGUCUCGUUCCGGGCCGAAACAGUUCUGUCAGCGCGCCCACUACGAAUACCACCAACGCACAGUCGAGAAUACCCGCCCAAAGAGUGCGAUCACUUAUCCCACCUCAACCACCGCGACCACCGGUGUCACGGCCGGCCGAAGAAGCAGGAGACGAUGCGCCGCCAACCUACGAGCAGUCGGCCCACGAUAGAACGUAUCAGCCACCAGUAGGACACCCACAGCAUGCCAAUAGCAGCCCUACAAUAUCAAGACAGACAACGGCAGCGAGUGUGAAUUCGGGAAUGCCUAUGGGGCAGCGACCGUUUGGUCAGUCUGCAGGCAGACGGCCGUCGGGUCCGGGGGUAGGGGCAAAUGGCGGUGGGCAGAAGGAGAGGGAUUGCAUUGUGAUGUGA